CAUCAGUAGAUGCAGAGCAAACAUCAACUCCUGAGCUCUCCCCAACUAUCCAUCAGUGAGUGCUGCAGUCAGCAUGUCAGAGCUCAAAGGAUGUUCCCCCAGAGACACUGGAAUUAACUAAACUUCUAUCUGAUUUUAUCCAUUACUAUUAUUCCGUCCAUCCCUGUGCUUCACCAGCAGCAAGAAACAACAAUGGGGCUACUCAGCAUGAAGAUUAAUCUGACUCUGCUUUGGGGGAUAUCUGUUUUGUUUGCUAUGGAGUCCAUGAGUGCUUUCAUCCCUAUAACCAACUCAACUGCUGAACCAGACAAGACAACCACAAAGCUCAUAAGCAGCUCACAUGUACUUCAUCCUGAAACUCAGAAACCUGCAGAGAUAAGUGUUGCUGCACCAGCAGAGACCACUGUGUCACCCACAGUGGAAACAAAAGAGGCAAUCAUCACCGACAGAAGUGACAGCUCAAAUGACAGCACAUCUGGUUUGGUUGCCAUGACCACUGUGGCAACAACUACAAGCAGCUCAGGUCCACCAUUGCUUCAUAUCUCCACAGCGGUGACAGCCAAACCCACAGAGGAUCAGAUACAUCAACAAUCACCCAGCACGUCUACGGACAUGACUGCUCCUGCAUCAGAUUCUGCAGCAUCUACACUGGAUGUGCCUUCCCCGCAGCCUACGUCCACCACUAAGCCUGAAGUUACGUCCAAGUUGUCUUCCACCACCUCUCCUGCUAAUUCUUCUCCGUCUCCAGUCUCCACCCAGACCCUCAGCAGUCCCUCACCUUCUACUACAGCCAUAACAAUAGCUAACCCCACCUCUGAGGCAGCACCUGUGUUUGACCCCACAACAAAUGAGACAUCCACCACCAGCACUGAGCUUUCGUCUACGUCUCAGCCCGUUUCUGUGACAAAAAUACCCAUCUACCCAUCAACAGGAUCAAGCUCUACCGCUGAACCCCCAAACAUCUCAUUCUCAACCGAUUCUCCCAUCCCCACGACCAAUGUCUCCACCACCAAUGUCUCCACCAGUCCUGCAGGAAUCUUGAUCCCUCGUGGGCCCAAGAGGUUGCCAAUCCCGACCACCAAAUCCACUCAGGCAACUACAACAGCACCUUGUGAAGUCUCAAAGAGCCCACUCAGCACAGAGGCCCAACCCUGCUCCACCCGAGGCGUGGCAAAGAACUGCCUCAUCGCCUUGGCCUCCUUGGCCGCAUUGGCUACUGUCUUCAUUGUCACUACCAUCAUCCUCUGCACCAAGCUUUCAGCAAGGAAGUACAAAGUCAAGAAGACAUCUCAGCCGGCCACAGAGAUGAUGUGCAUCUCGGCCCUGCUGCCUGAGAGGAAUUACACCUACUCAAGACAACGCAAUCCAGUCACUAACGGAGUCCUGGUGAUCCACGGUGAUGCAGACAGCGAUGAGGACGGAGGAGAUAACCUUACUCUCAGCAGCUUCCUACCAGAAAAUGACCGCUUUGUUUAGAUGGAAUUAUCAUUAUUUGUCAUCAGACCAUCAGAUGUCACUGAUGUGGAAACAGUUGCUGUUUGAAUAAACUUGUGCUUCCCGUUUGAUGUUGGUGGUUUGUCUUCGCUGCACGCCCUAUUCCUGUGGAGGAAGAGACAUAGAAACCACAAACACAAACAAAACAUUUACUGUUUCAUGUUCAUGUUGCUUUAACCGUAUCUGGCAUCAGGACAUCUCAUGUGUAUUUUAGGCAGGAGUUAAGACUUUUUGCAUAAUUUUACACCUGCCCUCCACAAGAGACUUUAAGUCAGGAUGAGGAACGUGAUCUGAGAAUUUUUUCUUUUCACUUCCUGAGCUGAGCCCUGAUGGUAUUUCACUCAGCGACGGGAGACAGGAAGGCUUGUUUUGUCAAGGGAUUACUGUUCUUCAGUGCUAUUCAGGUAGCACUGAGGCUUCAUUUUAUGAACGCUGUAAUUUGAUUAAUGAUAAAGUGUAUGUGACUGUUUAUGUGGGUGUAGAUAUGCAGCUUCUGUAUUGUGAUAAUUUAUUCAACUAUGUAUUAUUUAACAGUUUGGUAACACUUUAUUUUACAAGUCUGUCAUUGCCUAAUCAUUUUUGUUACUUGGUACUAAUUUUAGGGGAAAUGGAGACAAAGUUCAGAGACAGUUUAGUUGGUUGUGUGCUUAUUUCCAGAGGAAUUUCCUUGAAAGAGCUACUCCAUUUAACCCCCAAAUGAGUCUUGGUUACACUCACAUAGCAUGUAAUUAGAAUUUACUAAUUUGGUCAUUAACUAGUUGAAAACAUUCUGGAUUUUGCCCAUAAUAGGUGCCAACACCUUUCUCGGAAAUCAAUUGAAAAUGAUUAAACUUUACGAACCUGUAAAAAAAGGGUUUACCAAAGUUUUUCAAAUGGAUAUCUGUUCACUCUGAGAUUUAAAAUAAUAACAGUCAUUCAGAUUAACUUUGUGCUGCAAAUGUUCAACAUGAAAGCUAUAAAGACAGCUCUGUUUCUGAAGGUGUUCCAUGUCCUUAACGUGUCUCUAAAUGAUAAACAGUCAUUAUAAAACCCAGUGGACUAAGUCAGUUCCCUUAUUCAUGACAGGCUUUAUAAAAGGCUUUUUUACUAUGCUGGACUGGAUUUCAUAUUCACUUCCCUUCCUGCGAAAAUGAAACAGAGCCCUGAAUGCCUAUUUCUUUUUUUCACAUUGAGCUAUGUGCAACUGAAACAGACACUGGGGACUAUCAACAGAGCUGAGAUGAAUGUAAACCUGAAGGAUGCAGGACACUUAAUCUCACGCUCCUAAUGACCAUAUAAAGCUAGACUUGUCUUGACUGAUCUCAAACACAGUAGAGUUGCCAAAAAUGCAUUUGCACACAUACGCAACAACUUGUAGGGCUCUUACGCAGUCAAACUCUCUCCCUAAAGUGGUCACACACAAUGUGUGAGUUGAAUUGCUUGUUUCUGGAGAAAAAUCCCCCUUCUCCUGACUGUUUUGUCUGCACAGGAAACAUUAACCUCUUCCUGUAUUAGCUGGUCACUCUUACAAGCUGCUCUCUGACUCGUUUUGCCCCAGCAGGCCUGCUGUUAGUCAUCAGUGUCAGAGGCUGAGGUUGAAGGAAAGGCCAGGCUGUCAAUCAGAGGCUCCUUCUGCAGAAAUCAUGGAGAAAUAUUUGUGAAACAUAAGUGAACACAUGUUACCGAUGUUGAUGUUUGAUGGUUGGUUUGUGUGUUUUUUAUAGUAAUAAAGUUGUUGUUUUUUCAUCCCACCAGUGUUGUCAUAGCCUUGCACACCAGUUAGCCACACAGGAGAGUGGAGGAGAGGGUCCCUGCCCCCACAGCACUUUACAAACUUCUACCUAACAAGAACAAUCUGUGUGCAGGCCAGAGAGCUCAGAAACUCUCUGGGAAGCUGAAGGGGGAGGAGAACAUUGGAGAAGCAGAAGGAGGGAUUUGUCAUCAUGGUUAAGGGCAUCUUUUUUUUUUGCACUAUUCAGACAAACCUCCAGCCUGAAAUCUGAAACUGCAGAAGUAGCGUGGCUCGCCGAACAUUAGCUACUCUCUGCUGUGCUCUCUCUCAGUUCACUUUUUCCAGACUGGUUUCACGUAUCCUCUCCAUCAGAGGCGAUUCCAACAGAGACUUCUUCUGUGGAUGAUCCUGAGGGGAAACCAUGCUCCCAAUGGCCCUUCGUCUAAUUGGUCUGUGUGUGGUCUUCUGCAUCAGCAGCAGCUUGGCUACACCACUACCCUUUUACAGUUCUAUAGAAGGAAGU